UCUCACUGCAUAAGCAUCAUCUUUCUUUUGUUCUGCCAACAAAUCAGCAAUCUCAUCAUGAACUUCAACAAGAUCUUCGUCUUCGUGGCCCUUAUCCUGGCCAUCACUUUGGGACAUUCGGAGGCUGGCUGGCUAAAGAAGCUGGGAAAGAGACUCGAACGCAUUGGCCAGCACACACGAGAUGCCACCAUUCAGGUUGUCGGAAUCGCUCAGCAAGCCGCCAAUGUAGCAGCCACCGCUCGAGGUUGAGAACAAAUCUUGAUAACACUCAACCUGCUACAUACCUGCCUGAUAACAUAAUAUAUUUAAUUUCAUUAACACUACCUUUAAAAA